AUGGAUUCAAGGUGCAUUACAGACUUGCCUGAUGAUAUAAAAAAGCAGAUAGCAGCAAUACUGGACGCAUCUGAACAGCCCAACUGGAAAUCACUUGUCCAUGAGGUUAUAAGGCACAAGAUACCAUCAUAUAAGGAUCCAUGUCAAGUUUAUGCAAUUGGAAUGGCAACUUUGUCACCAGGAGGAAGCCCAACUCUUAAACUAUUGCAAGACUUGGGACAGUCACAAAUAACUGUGAAAGUCUUCAAAAGCUGGAUCAGUUCCAUGAGUGAAGGGUCACCAGGCUUACAGAAAGUAAUUAGUUUACUAAGUAAGUUUGCAAGUUUUUCAUAAAGUAACAUGCUAAUUUCAAGCAGAAUGAAAUAUCGUUAAUGUUACCUUUAAUACCUAAAAAAUGCUCUUUUAAUCUCUUCGUUACCUGAUAUCUGCUUGUGGCCAAAGUAAUCGUGAGAUCUAGACUGGCUUUCACAAUUAUGGAUAUUUUUGUCACUUACAUUGCAUUGUUGUGUCUGUUGUAUGAUAACUAUUUGUAACAGCUUUAACAAAGUUGCUAGAGACAUCUGAAUAGAGGAGAAUACUUAUUGACCUUCAUUCCCCUUAAGCUGAAAGACUUAUUAUAAUGGUAAUCCAGUGAGACUCAUACCCUACACCUCUCACAUCACAUUGUGGCAGUCUCCCAGUUGAGCUAACAAAGCAACUUAUUGUGGAGCUCAUAUCCCCCAUCUCCUAGGUGACAUUGUGGCAGUCUCCUAUUUGAGUUAACCAAGGUGCAGUUGGGUAAGCAUGGAUGUGCAUGCACAAAUAGAGAGUGCAACAACAAAAAAAAUCACCAACAAUUGGUAUCCAUAAUUAUAACUGCAAACAAAUAACUUGGGUUCUCUAGUGGAUAAUUUUCUUUUGAUUUUACAUCAAUCAUUUAGCAUUUUCUCCAACUAUAACUCAAGAUGUUAAAAAAGAAAUACGAGGAAUUCCAGGACAGAAUGUUUACAUACACUGUGAAGCAUUAGGACACAAACCACUUCAAUUUCAAUGGUUUAAAAAAAGAGAACUUCUUCAAGGGGAAACAGGAAAUAAGCUAGAGCUCAAGAGUGUCAGUGAAAGUGACGGAGGAUAUUAUACAUGCCGCAUCGCAAAUUGUCAUGGUUGUAUUUUCACCAGCUGGGCCAAAUUGAUAAUUGAUGAAGACAGUGAUGCUCACAGCUCUUCACCCUUUGGUAAGUGAGUCAUACUAUGGGUUGUUGAUGAAAGUUCUCUAUUGAUCAAGAAGUCACAGAGAUGUAUAGUGAUCAUUGUCAGCAUCUGAGUAGCUGUGCACCUACCCCUCCCCUGAUCCAACAGCAAUCAACUGAUAACAAAUUAGGGUUUAAUUUUGGUUAAGGGGGGUAGGUGCAUAGUUGCUUCAGCACUGACAUUGAUCCACCUACAGUGUACUUACUUUGUGAUUAGUGCACUGAAUUUUGUGUUGAAAAGCUGGUGUUCAAUUUUUGGUCUGAGGUAACAAUAUUGUGUUAUUGAACAAGGUACUGUCCUCUAAAAAAAAUGGUGAUUAGUAACCUUAGGAUGUAACAUUAUCCUAUCCAGGGAGGAAGAAGCAAGACAUUCAGUUGCUUCCUGCUACUAAGGCUAGGAUAAGCAAGGACAGUAUGGGCUGUCUGUCUUAUAACCUAACUUUGCCGACCAUGUCAAUGAGUUCUGUGACUGCCCUGCAGUUCCCUCAGUAUUUGUGGCUUUCUCUAUGGGCACCUAAGUUUUUAAGUUGUGUCAAAACACCCUGUGCUAAUGGUAUCAGUUGUAAAUUAAAUGGUGAUCAUUCAGAAUGACAAACCUCAUACUCUUUAAGCUGUAUUUGUGGCAGUGGUGUUGUACAAAAACAGCAAAAUCACAUCUUCAAGUCAUCAUGGCAAGAGAAAAUAUUUCACUUUUUUUCUUAGCUGUAAUUGUCAAUUUCAAUAUUAAAUUUAGUUGAUGGCCCCUUGGAGUUCAGUGCACUGUCCAUUAGGAGACAGUGUUUACAACUCUUUUUAUUCAUAAUUUACUUGGAAAGAGUGACAAGGUUCUAAUUUCGCCUUACAAUAUCACCCCUGAAUCAAAUGUUUAAGUCACAAGAAUAAAGGAAAUGAUCAGCAACUAACAUAGCUCUUGAUGGUUUUACAAAUUCUCCUUGUUAAAACCUAGGUUACAUAUAGAGAACAGUAUGGAGAAUAUGCAUAAUGUGUUAGGGUGUAAAGAGCUGAAAAUUAACAGAACUUACUGGAACUAAGGAGAACCUCUUUGUUUCAGAUUUGCCAAUCAUUACUUCUCAAUCAGACCCUGAUGUUCACAUACUUCUGGGUUCACGGCUAAGCUUAUACUGUGAUGGUGUUGGCAGACCAGCUCCAAGCUAUCAGUGGUUUCAUGAUGAUUCUCCCAUCCCGGAAGCAACACACAGAUGGUUGAUAAAAAACAAUGUUUCUGCAGAAGAUCAUGGAUUUUAUUAUUGUAAAGUGUACAACACUGCUGGGGAAAUGCAUUCACACAAUUUUAAAGUGACUAUUGAAAGUUUUCAAGUUAAUAUUGACAAUCUUACCCCAGGUAAAAUAGAGAUAAUUGGUUAAAUUUAAAUGAUUGAAUUCAUGGAUUUAUUUAAUUUUCAAAGGGGAAGGAUUUUUCCAAAUAGGUAGUACUUGGUAUGGAGUUUUGCAGGAGAUCUACUUCAUUUUUGUGGCCAUGUCUUGAGUUUUUGGCAGAAGCACCCUGCAAAACUCAGCAGUGGAAACCUAUAAAGUUUGCCAGCAAUCUGCACUUUAGUGCAACUCUGUGACAGGGUAUUAAGUUGUAUAUUGCAGAUUCUCUCACCCUGUCAUAGUAGAACUGUUUGUCAACCUUUUGUUUAUUUAUGAUGUAACUUUCAAUGGUUUUUCUUACAGCCAGAGAUUCCUAUACACGUGGUCCACGUGAUCGAGGUGAUAACAUGAUUUGUUCUUAAUUGUUAAAUGAUUUAAAAGAGAGUUCCAAGUAUUCCAAAACAACAACAAACAAAGUGUUUCUUCCAUGAGUGACCAAGACAGAAUUUAUCCUUACAAUUUCAAUACAAUAGCAAACAGAUAAGUGAUGAAAGUAAUGAAAAAAUAUCAAUUAGAGGAAUUAGUUUAUCCAAUACCAUAUUAUCCAAAAUAACAUGAUAAGAUUUGUGAAGCAGACAAUUAGGAAAAUCACUGAAAUGAGAUCUUGGGAGUGAAACAGUUAAGUGUCUUGGGAAGUUUCUGUCCUUGGGAAAUGACUAUUUAAGGGAAGUGUUCACUGGAUGGAAAUCUCUCCCAAUAGAUGUAGUCUUUUCCCAGGGAUAGUGUCUAAUAAAUAGCUGUCUGGUUAAAGAAAUAUUUUGUUUCAUGCAAAGGCUGGUUGGUCAGGUAAUCUUAAGGCUUUUAUUAGAGUGGAUAUCUUUUUGUUGAUGGCAUUUAUUUUUUAGUUCUGUCAGUGUUGUUAUUGUUGUUAUAUUUUUCAUGUUAUGUUCUUUUCUUUUCUUUCUAGUCGCAAAUAAAGUUGCCCUGUUAAUUGGAAAUAAAGAUUACUGCCAUCAACAACUCGGAAAGCUUUUUCAUCCAAUCAAUGAUGUUUUUGACUUUACAGGCAGACUUAUCAAUAUGGGUUUUAAAGUAAGUAACAAAACCACUCUGAUCUUGAAAUUGUGACUGAGAAAUCUUUUGCUUUUAAGGGUGGGGCAUUCCUGAAUUUUCUUAUUCAUGAAAUAACCUAGAUACUACAUGUAUGAGUGUCCUGAUUUGUCAAAACCUAUCAUUUAUUGCACAAGUAAACCCAUAGUUAUAUAUAUAUAUUGCUAUGAAAGCAAUAGGCCACACUUUAUAUCAAUUUAACAGCGUAGUGACCCACUUGGGAAAUCAUGAGCUAGAAGUGUAUGGUUUACAAACUUUUUGAGUGUUCUCCCAACAUUCCAAGUGGGUUAUUAUGCUAGUAAAUGUGUUGUCUAUUGCCUAGCUAGAGAAUUCCCUCCUUUAUGCUUGCUGUUUCUGAGCUAAUGGUAUACUUUGAACCCUGUGAGUUCUAUAAAAGAGUUAUUGACUUCUUUGUAAAAGACUGCUGCCUUAGCCAAAUAUCAUUUCACUAUUUACAGGUGGUUUCAUUAGUAAACCUAACACUGAAGGAGAUGAGAGAAGCUCUUGCACAGUUCUGCAUGCUUCUUGUCGAAGAUACCUAUGCUGUGUUCUACUUUGCUGGCCAUGGUUUUGAACGCGGUGGAUUAAGCUAUCUAAUGCCAGUCGAUGCCACGCCUUUAUAUCAUUGGCAAGAGAACAUGGCUUCAGCUGAAGUACUUAAGGCCAUGCAAGAAACUAAGGCAAAGUUAAAGCUUGUGUUGCUGGACUGCUGCAGAACAGAGUAAGUUGAGAAAGAGAGUAAGAAACAGAGAAAGUUGAGAAAGGGCAGCAUUGGUUGAAGUUCGUAGGAGAGACGCUAAGACUCCACAAUUUUAGAGUUUUGCGGAGAGCGUUACCUCCCAGUACUUGCGAUUUACUAGCAAUUCGUGUUCGUGUUGGAGGUUUCAUCGAGCUCAGUAAACGGUUUUGUGUAAAGAGGAUUCAGUGUUCAAACUUCUGUUUGUUUUCAUUAACUUUGAUUUUCUAGACCGGAUUACGUGGCGCAGAACAGUCCAUUACUUAGUGGGGAUUUACAAGAUAUAAAAGAACCAAAUGUGGUAGUAGCAUUUGGCUGGUAAGCACGCUUUUUUCUUUGUUCCAGAUGGUUGUCUAAUUCGUCUUUUAAGUUAAAGCGUAUCAUCAUAGAUCAGAUCUGCGCCAAAAGUCCAGCAAAAGUCUUAUGAGAUUUAAGCAAAUUCAGGUAUUAACUCUAAAUAGCACAUGCGUAAUUGUCGCGAUUAUAGGCACAAUUCGUGACUCUGCUUCCCUGACCUUCUUUCUUCCUGUGACUUGUCUCCGUCUCUUGUUCUUUAGCAAUCUCAAGAGGUUUUGUUUACUAACAAUCGAUAGGGAUAUUCUGCUUAUUUUAUUCAUUUGUUUAGUUUUAGUAUUUGCUGAUAUUUAGUUAUUUUCACACCUUAAAAAAACGUAACAAUUUGCUCUUCUUUUCUACCAUCUACAGUAAGUUUUUGUUGUUGUAAGCAUUACUGGUAGUAGACUCAGUUUCUUUUUCUCACAACAAAGGCGUCAUCGUUUUUUUACGCGCGCUGCAUGACCAUUUACUUUGCUAGUCGGAGCAGUUAAAUAUUCAUAACCUUAGUCAAGGAGUUUCUUUUAAAUUGUGCAAGAAAUUAUUGGUUCAUUUGUACAUGGAAGUCCUAACUGAUAUCCCACAAUUAUUGUAUAACUUACCUAGGAGGUCAUCAAAUGCCGAGUUUGUGUUAAGUUUGUCGAUCUGUUUUCAGUUGCCCGCGUUCAAGUGUGUUUGAAUGUGAGCAGGAGAAGAAUGGCUUUUUCGCGAAGCACCUCCUGAAAGCUAUUUCAGAUGAACACAGGAAUAAAUCCGUCGAAGAAGUUUUGUUACAUGUUAGUCGUGGUAAGAGUUGCAUUGAACUACUUAACUCCAAGAAUAGGGCCAUUUCCAAUUGACUGUCGAAAAACCAAAACCGAAGUAAACAUAACUAUCUAUAAGAACAAAGGUUAACAUCAUCAUUCAUUCACCAAUGAGAGCUCACAGUAACAGCAGGCAACCUGUUUAAAGCGCGGAAAACGCGAGUGACCAAGUUGAGAUUGGGUUUAGUUUUGCAUUUGAUUGGUUGAGAUGGUGGCGCGAGUUUUCUAGACCAAUCACAAAGAGAAGUAAAGCUAGGUCAGAGUAGUACAGAAUUGCUGUCGAUACUUAAUUGAAACCUGAUAUGUCGAGCGCAUUAAGAUAGUGCUAUAAUUUUAAAACCUACGUAAUCACAACGACAGCUGUCACAAAAAAGGAAAAUAAUGCAAAGAGCUCUACAAAAAUAAGUUUGAGAUAUUAAAGCUUUGAAGUAGCUUGAAAUUGUGCUAUGUAAUUACCAGCUGGGCGCUUUUAUAACCUUUGCUACGAAGUUACACGUUGGCAGGCAAGCGGUUCAAUAGCUACCGAGGCCGGAAUUUUUUCAACCCAUUUUCUGCAAAGGAGCGAUUUACGAAACGAUUGCCUUGGUUUGCGUCGUUUCGCUCUUUAAUUGGUUCAGAAAACUCGUGCCUCUCUCUCAACAGAUCAGAUUGUCUUCGCAACUCAAACUGACAUUUUAGUAUACAGUUUUUAGGACCUUCAUCGAAUUAUCGAAUCGCUUUGUUAAUUCUGUAUUUAUAGGGAACCUUUCUCCACUUAUCUAUUUUGUCAGGUAUACACGAAGAGAACCUCGUGGACUAUCUUACAAAUCAAAAACAGAUUGUGAACAGGAUAACCACUUCAGUCAAACCUAUGAGUCUCUGGACCCCUGUGGACAUCUCAUUGAAUCCGUCCGCUGAAGAAGCAACUGCAAAGUGGAAAUCAGCUCAUGGUAAGUGAGAAAACAUGGUCUGAAGUACUUGAGUCGUCGUUCGCCUCCCUUGAGAGCGCUUUCCGAUUGAGUGUGGUAAAACCAAAGCCAAAUUUAUCACAACAGCCAAUCAGAAGAAAGGAAGAUGCCUUUAAGAGCCAAUGAGAAUUCAAAGUAAAAAUAACCAAACUGCCUAAAGCGCGGGAAAACCCGCGCGGGCGACUAAGUCGUGACUGGUUUUAGUUUUGCAUCUGAUUGUUGAGAAAGUGGCGUGAGUUUUCUGGACCAAUCACAGAUGGAGGCGAAGCUGAGUGGAUCAUGCCAAUUAUUAUGGAUAAAUCACCGACCGAAGCAAUUUGGAACAAACUGCUUUUCCAAAUUGUCCUUGACACGCAUCUAGAAAUAACUUUACCUCUGGACUGGUGGAAUCUCUUUUUAAUUCUUUUUGAAACCCAGGCGCUCUUCCUAAUAGAGUAUCAUGCAAACUAAACCAAUGCCAAGAAAAAAAGAAAGAAAAAAGUUUAGCUGAUCAUUCCAUGCUGGGCUUUACCAACAAACAGGGAAACAAAUGUUAUAAAUUAUAUUUAAGGCAUAACAAAUCCCUGCCUGCACGGAGUUAGACCAGUAGUUAUUAGAGAGUUUUAGAUCCGCGUCUGAGGGCCUUCAUUUCAAACACAAAAUGUGGCUAAAAUAUUGCCUUCCCCGAAGUUCAAAAGUGGACGGUAAACGGCGAACGUGACCGCUGGAGUCUGGUCACGUGACUUCCAGGCGUCUGUGGUCACACAUGUUCUGAAACAAACAUGGAUUUAAACCCCCUAUUAACAACGCCUAGCUAAACACAGUUACGAGAUUCUCACGUGAGGCACUAUUAUUUAUUUAUUGUCUUGCUCUUUUGUUAGAAAUUCCAAAUGAUCCAGUUACCGUCUAUCAAGAUGAUAAAGUGAGGGUUGAGUUGAUUUUUAACGCAGAAGUGUCAAAUGUCUUGAUAGUGAAUGCACGAGCGCUGGGAGAGGACAGCUUGAACUUAAAUGUCACGUUUGAGAUGUCGAAUGUAAGUGAGAUGGCUUAUAAGUUAUCAUAGCGCUUUUAGAUCGAAUGUCAUACAGCCAAACCCGUAGUGAUAAAGAUAAUUAACCAAAACUAAGGAAAUUGUUACAAAAAGUCAAUGAGAACUCGAAUGAAAACACUAAAGCUAACUACUGAGAGCGCGGGAAAACGUGCGUAACGUGAUUAGUUCUCGUUUUGAAUGUGAGUGGAUCAGAGGUUGACGGAAUUAUUCUUCACCAAUCAAGGAGUAUUGGAGAGAAGAAAGCUAAGUAAUCUCUCAUUUCAACAUUUAAUGGAAAAUUUCUCUCAAGAAAAACUGCUAUGGGCGUAUGAGGAAGAAAGAUUUGGAAAUACUACGUAAAGAUUUGAACCUUAAACUUUCCGAACGACGCAUUACCUCAUCCUUCUUUUGAUCAUAAUUAGCUCAGAUUGUCACGUGGGCAUGACGUUACCACCACGUAUGUCAUAGUAACUUAGCAACAAGUUUGAAAAGUUUGAAGCUCACUUAUUCGAUUUGGAAUAUUGUCUGGUUAGUGAAACCGCUGUACUCAAUAUCUUAUGUAAAAUUUGUUGUCAUCUUCAGGUUGUGAGUGGAUGCUGUGUCGCGCGAGGUGACAUGUUGGGAAAAAAAUGCCGGCCAUCAGAAGCGACGUUAAAAGUCAAAGACCUUCAACGGCUUACGGUAAAGAACUCUUAGAAAAGAAACGGAAAUUUUUAUAAGAGCAACUAUUCAGUUCAAUUGGGAAGGUGAACCCUUUACACCCUGACUUUGGUGUUCAUAUUCUCCUCACUGUUCUACCUACAUUUCCUAUGGUACUGGCAAAGAGAAUUUGUUUUAAAAUCAGGAGCCCCUUAAAUUGGUGAUCAUUCCCUUUAAUCUCACGACCUUUACAUUUAAUUCAAGGGUUAUACUGUGACAGGAAAUUAUUCGCCAAUCAGUCUUGGGGGUUGAAGGGUUAAUGUCUAGUCGUCUUUUCCUUUAUACUGGCGUAAAUUUCCAUGAUAAAUAUGCGGCAGGUAGUAUUUUUGUGUUCUUGGGCGCGAAAUUUAACUGAUCUUUACGUGUCACAGCUCCUCCCCUCAAGAUGAAGAAGCUGUGGAGUAAAUGAGCCUACCAGCUUGGGGGGGUAGAGGGUGGUUAGAAUAACGUAGCACCAGAGAGGUCCUUUCCCCGGCAUCUACACAAAUUCUUCAUUUUUAUAUCUUGUAUUAUUAUCCCAGUAGGGUACAGGAGUGCAUUCACUGAUUCUUUAGCGAAUUUGGGUCCUAAAUUUUACUGGUUUGUCUUUCCUAACACGAACACAGAACACGGCCUUAGACAGUAUGAAGCACCAGUUACGAUAGGGCGAGUAACUGGACGACAAGAGUUGCUGGACAAUGGUUUUGGAAUUUCAGCCUUGAGUUAAUUUAUACUUAUUUUUACCCUUUUUUUCCAGGGACCGUUAGUCUUUAAACUGACUUGUAUAUAUACAGUCAACGGAGAAAGACAGCUAAAGUCGAUUAGUUACACAAUGGAAGAAAAACCUCUCUAUGCUAAGCUGGUAACACGUUGGUGACAAAUCGAAAGAUCGAAGACAUCACUCUGGUCUCCCACGAGUUCAAGGGGAAGUAGGCUCCUGAAAUAAUAUACAUAAUUUUUGCCUUCGAAAUUAAAAAGUAGACAUGAAAUUAGGACUUGAACCGCAUUUGAGAUUCACGAGAGUAACCUAAUGUUUCCAAAAUUGUUUUCUUAACAGAGUGUUACUCCUCUUGUUUCAGCUCUAUUGGCGAUCUGUGUAGAAUUAGGAUCUGAACGAAAGAACAUUCAUUACUUAGUUAAGAACUUUUUUUUGUGUAUGACGUAAUGUUCAGAACAUGUCACCGGCCAUGCCAUGCCAUGCUAUGUCAGUACCAUUUCAACCGCUUCGUGCUCUGAUAUAAGUUCAUAACGGAGUAUAUUUGUAUAACGAAUAUAUUUGUCUACUUGAUAUAUUUAGAGAAAUAUGUUUUUUUUUCGUCAUGUCAUGAGCGUGGAAUCAAGAAAAAAAAUUGAGUUCCCGCGAGGAAUCGAACGUCAGACGUUCAGAUUCCGGACCGCGAUGCUCCACUACUGAGCCAUUGCUAAGUUCAUAUGUUAUACGCGUUCUGAUACACACUAUAAGAUACUUUGCUGAUCAACAGUGUCGAAAGCUCCACGUGAGUUAAUAGAAAAUAAUCGUUAAGAAAGAUAACUUAAGUCUGAGCUCGGUUGUGAUAAAGAAAUAUUAUUUAAUUAGCAAAAUUAAGCGUACUUUGGGAAAAUGAUCUCUUAAAGGGAUUAUGAUACACUGAGUUUCUUCUGCGUUCUAGAGAUUAGAUCCUCAAUUAAAAUGAACCUUGAAAAGAUAUUUUACUGCUGUAGACGAACUACUAAGGGACGAGAAUGAGCCGAAAACUUAUGUAAAUGUUGAACGAUGGAGAAGAUUCAAGAGGAUUUCAAUUCACAAAGUUGAAAAAUUGGCAUCAACAUUGACGCACCGCCAUUCAGCAGCAUCGACGUUUGUUGCAAUAUCCAUUUAACCCUUUAACUCCCAAGAUCUCAUGGGUUGUCAAUUCUCCCCUCUAGCUGCUACACAUUUCUAUGUAAAUCAGUGAUAAGAAUUUGGUGUUAGAUUAAGAUAACAACUUCUACCGGAUAAGUUUGAGUAUUCUCAUCACCUGUUUCCUGGAGAUUGCAGUAAUAUGAAAGGUAGAAUUUACAUGUCAAUCACCUCUGGGAGUUAAAGGGUUGGAAAACGCACAGCGUUAAGCCAUUUUAGUUUGGAUCUCUUCAGACGAUAUUUAAAAUAAAGGCUAUGUUUUUCAGUAUUUCGGACAAAUUAACAAUAUCAUGGUGAAAAGUACUUUCUGAAAUAGUUCAUUAUGUAAUAAUAAACAAAGCUAUAAGCGAAAUUGUUUCAGAUAUAGUCCAACCAUAUUUAAAUCUUAAUUAAUACAUUUUAUUGCUUUGAACAUUGUAAAUUCUGCAACCUUUAAAUAGUACUUUUUAGAGAUUAUUGUAGAUAAAAAAUUUUGCUGUGAAUUCAGUUUGCUGACUCAAGCCGGCGUCAAGAAGAUAUUGGAUAGUUUUUUCAAAGCUCUAUUUGUUUUUGUCACAGACAUAAACAUUUAUUGUAUCUAGGUUAUUUGAGG